CAGGAAUGAAUUGGGAUGUGCACAAAUGCAGACGGCGAUGAAUGAAAUGAACUGCAGUUGGAUUGAGUGGCUGAUUGACAGAAUAUUAUUCAUUGUUUUCGUCUCGGCUUUUUUGAAGGACGUACAGUGUAAAAAUGCAUCCUGUAUUAAGUCUAGUGAUACUGUGAAGAUCGUUGAUUCCUGUCCAUCUAAUAAAAAGGAGAGAGAUGUGUUAGCAACAAUUAAAAACUGCUCAGGACUCGCUCUAGAACAAAACUGUACAGCAAAUUCUUCUAGAGAAUUUCAUUAUCACUGUGUGAUCAAUACUUUCAGAAAUGAAUCAAUUGAAGUGUGUGCAAGACCGAUAAAAAGCAAUGGAUUUUGUUUGGAAUUCAACGUGGUUGGAGAUAUACUUCAGGACCAUUAUGAUCAUGAUUGUACAGACAUUGAACCACUAUAUGCAUGUCCGCAUAAUUAUAACUCAACUGAUGCUUAUUUGUAUAGAAAAUGCUAUGACUUUUCCUACUUCUUCAAUAAAAGUACACCAAAGGAAAAAGUAAGAAAAAAAUCUACCAUAAUGCUGAAUUAUGAUACCUCUACUCCGAUAAUGCAAUCAGCAAAGAUUGCAUCACAACACUUCUAUGAACAAUGGAGGAAUCUUCCAAUUCUGGUUUCGUUAAUCCUUGGAUUUGUUCUUAUUGUCAUUGUGAUGAUGAUAGUCUUCUUUUGCAUCUUAAAUGGGAAAGUCAGUGAAGGGAAAAGAGGACAAUUUGAAAAGUACAAGAACUGUUGUCCGUGUGCUGGAUGUUUAUUUAGCAUUACCAUUGACUGUAAACCAAAAGAAGGUUUUGUUCGUAAGGAGGAAGAUACACCAUUAAAGGAAAUACAUGCAAUAGAAGACGAUUAACAGAUGUAGACGUCCUUAGGCCACGAUGCUCUUAUGAGUAACUUUUGCCCUGUUUUUCUCAAUCAGAGUU